AUGAUCAAUCUUCAGACAUUAAGUGAUUUUGUUUUGUAUGAAAAUGAUGGGUCCAGGAUCAAAGAGUUGGGUAAGUCGGAGAAUUUGCAUGGAAGCUUGCAAAUUUCAGGCCUUGGAUAUGUGAAGGAAGUGAGUGAUGUUUUGGAAGGCAACUUGAAGAACAGAAGGAAUCUCACUGAGCUUAUUUUAAGAUGGAAUGAUGAAGCAAGUGAUUCAAUAAAGGAAAGAGAAGUACUUAAUGCGUUCCAACCACAUGAAAAUUUGAAGAAACUCGAAAUACUCAAUUAUAACGGCACAAACUUACCAGAUUGGGUAACACAUCCAUCCUACUUUAAUUUGGAAAAACUUCAUCUAGUCUCCAAAAACUGUUGCUUGUCCCUAUUAUCAUUUCGACUACUAAGUUCACUAAGACAUCUUUAUAUUUCAUGUCUUGAUAUGCAUGAUGAGUUUUGUGGUAUUUCUUUGAACAUGCCAUUUCCACUGUUAGAAGUACUAAAGCUUGAAGGAAUAAGUAGACUGGAUUGGUCGUUUACCAAUACAGAUGGCCAAAAGUGUGAGAUUUUUCCUUGUUUGAAGCAAUUUUCUUUAAGAAGUUGUGGGAAGAUAAAUGUGGCAUUACCUAUCGGUAAUUUUCCAUCUUUGGAAUAUAUCGACAUUAGGAAAUGUGGUGAUUUGGUGACUAUAUUUCCAUUAAGUACUCAUAUUGACGUUGCAUAUCCCUCUCUUGAAUGGUUGAACAUAGAUGGUUGUUCAAGGUUAGAGUCAUUUUCGAAAAUGGGAUUACCCUUUUUUUUAAAAAGUCUACGUAUCAUAUCAUGUAAUAUGCUCAAGGAAAAUCGCAUGAAAUGGAAUUUACAAAGACUCCCAUCGUUGAUUGAGUUAGAUCUUAAGAAUUAUGGAGGAGUGGUGGAUUCAUUUCCAGAAGAAUGGUUUCUCCCACCUUCUUUAACUCAUCUUUGGAUCCAUGGAUUUGAUAAGCUUACAGCUCUAAACGGAAAAAGUUUUCACCACCUCACCUCACUUCGACAAUUGAAACUUUAUUACUUGAAAAAGCUAGAGUGCUUGCCAGCAGAAGGAUUGCCCCAGACUCUUACUGCUUUGAUGAUAGCAAGUUGUUCUCUGUUAGAGCUUAGGUGCAAGGAAGGAACAAGGGAAGAUUGGCCCAAGAUUCAACACAUACCUAACCUAAACACAGAUCACUGGUAUGCCACGUAG